AAACUAUGUUCUAUGUAUAGAUACGUGGCAUUUGGACAUUAAUUGUGCAAUAAUUUUCUGCUGAUGAAAAGUUAUGUAUCAAAUAGACAUAAUUCCAAUAAUGCGUCUCACACGCUUACUAAAAAAAAAAGACUGCUUCAAUUUGCGUUAACUAGCUACUUUAGCUAGCUACGGCAUCCAGGCACAACUACAGUCAUCUUGGGUCAUUUAAUAUCUAGCUACAUAUUUUGCUGUUAGUAGACUGAUCAUGCAUCACGUCAAGAUCAAGACUGAGAAGCCAGAUGCAGAGGGGAGUGGUGCACGCAGCCGACUGGAUGCAGUAUUACAGGGGCUGGUAGAGAAGAGUGACAGUGAGAGGGAGCAAAAUGAAGAUGAGACAAAGAUGGCAGAAGAGUCUUUGAGCAAAGAUGUGUCUCCAUCUUCUGCUGGGAAGCGCCCAUCAUCACGGUUCCCACAGCACCGGAGGAAGAAACGGAAAGAGAUGGAUGAUAGCUUAACGGAGAGUAACCAACAUAAACAAAAUGCCUACAUUAUCAAGUUGUUUGACCGCAGUGUGGACCUGGCCCAGUACACCACCAGUACCCCACUUUACCCCAUUUGCCGGGCCUGGAUGAGGAACAACCCGGCAGUCAGAGAGAGAGCUGCAUCCCCAAGCCCCCCACACAGCAUGGGGGAAGAGGAGGCUGCAGACAUGCUCAAUGGUAAGGGACAGAAUGUGUAUCGCCUCCCUCCGCCCACCUCCUGUCCUCUCAACCCUUCUGGAGAUCCUGUCAAUCUGAGGAUCCCAUCCACAGAAAAGCCUAUUGUCAGCAAGUCUACAGAUACAGCUCUUGUGUCUGGUCCCCUCAUAUACAACCACAUAGAACGCUGGAAAAAGAUCAGGCAAAAAUGGAAAGAAGCGUCCAACAAGAAUCAGCUGAGGUAUAGCGAGAGCAUCAAGAUCCUGAAAGAGAUGAAGGAGAUGUAUGACCGCUAGCUGAGAAUCCCCCAGGCAGUAUCCCACAGCAGAGGGAGGAGAAAAGAAUAGAGCAGGUAGGAGCUACGAGCAAGUGAUCUACCCCAGGACGCUGCACUAGUCCUCUCCCCAAGGAGGACAUUACGUGUGAUGAUGUCAGAGGAUCCUCAUGGAGCCCAUUUCUACCAUAUACUGCCACAAUUAGGGACCCAUAGUCCUCGUUUUGAAAAAUGUAGCAAUACUUUCAGUAAGUUGGUGCUUCUGGUGGGCCCAAGUUCAUCUGUUUAAAUAAUUAUUACAUGUUUUUUGUCCUAUUACAGAAUAUCUGGUAAUGCAUUAUAUAGUCUGUUGUCAAUCACAACAAUGUGUCAUGAAAAGUUUGUAAACAGGUUGAGUAGUGUCUAAAUUCCGGAAUACUCUAAAUUAAUUCCAGGCUUCCAGUGGUAAAUAUUUGUGUUUUAGGUUCACCAGUUUCCCAGACAAGCAGUGCUCUUAUGAAUCUUUUUUGUUUAAACAUUCAAAAGAAAAGUCUCUCACACAUCUAAAAUUUUAAGUAAACUGUAAAAAUAAAAAUUAAAGUUGUAAAGA